AUGACAUCUGUUGUUGCAGUGGGCAUUGGCGUUGCCGCGGCCGCUUUCUUUGGUCGCGCUGGCCUGGUUGCUCUCCGCCGCUACAGGGGGGGCGUCAAUGCUAUGGGAAGAGCAUUCUACAAGGGAGGCUUUGAACCCCGCAUGAACCGUCGCGAAGCCGCUUUGAUAUUAGAACUCUCUGAGCGAACCCUUACCAAGGACAAAGUCCGCGCAAACCACCGAAAGCUGAUGUUGCUCAACCACCCGGACCGUGGCGGCAGCCCGUACCUCGCGACAAAGAUCAACGAGGCGAAGGAGCUUUUGGAGAAGACCUCUUAA